AUUCAGUGUGCACUUGUCUUCAGUCUCCAUUUGAAGUCAGCCUAAGGCCCACCACUUCCCAAUCACCAAAAUGACUCUGAACAGCAGCGAGAGAUCCGCAAUUAUUUCCCUUUGGGGCAAGAUCGCUCCUAAUGCCAGCGCUCUGGGAGCUGAGGCUUUGGAGAGACUUUUCCUGAGCUUCCCUCAGACCAAGACAUACUUCAGCCAUUUUGACCUGAGCCAUGGCUCUGCUGACCUCCUCAACCACGGAGGAAAAGUUGUGAAUGCCCUGGGAGAGGCCGCCAAGCACAUUGACAGCCUUUCAGGCUCCCUGUCAACCCUCAGUGACCUGCAUGCCUACAACCUGAGAGUGGAUCCAGGAAACUUCAAGUUGCUGUCUCAAACUAUCCAAGUGACUCUGGCUGCUCACUUCCCUGAAGACUUCACACCCUCAGUCCAGGCUGCCUGGGACAAAUUCAUUGCUGAAGUAGCCGCUGUCUUGACCUCCAAGUACAGAUAAAUACACCAAGACAACAAGAAUACAUCUGUGAUUACACCAAACCAACCUACAUGAAACUUACCGAAAACCAUGUGCACAAAUGUUAUUCCAUACUGAGGGUCACUUAAAGAUUACAUUAUAACUGUAACAUUAUGUAACAAUGUCUUAUACUUCUUCCUGUUUCUUACAGCUUCUUUCAUUUUGUUGUUGUAUUGUAGUCUGUAAAAGUUUAUCCCCUUGUGCUGACAUGUUCAUCGGAAAUCACAUUUGAUGUAUUCUUCUUUCUAAUAAAGAACAGCUGUCCUUA